AUGGUUGGCACAUUUUUAUUAACAGUUAUAAAAAAUCAAGUGAUGCAAUUAUCAUCCCCCGAAUGUAUGAUAGAAGCUCUUAAUGCAAUAUACGAUAUUUACUCGGACAAAAAUUUUGAUUAUGAUGAACCAGUGUUUGUACGGGGCGGUUACUUACAAUUAUUAGAAAGAGUGAUCGAAGUUGUACAUAAUAUGGCCAAAACAAUAAGCAAAAAUACUUCACGUGAUUUACGUCUUCGAGCAGAUGAAGCAAAAAUCCUAAAGAUUAAUGUUAAACUCACUGACACCUUCCGAGAUAUAAAGAAUAGAAUUCCCCAUACAACAACUUACACUCAAUUAUAUUAUUACAAUAAAAAAUUGGAAGACGAUGAAACACUCUCGGAUUAUAAUAUCAAAGAUGAUUCGACUAUAGCAUGUCAUAGAUUGCUUUAG